GCGGCUGGACAUCAAGCGAAGGCUGACGGCUCGCUCAGACCGAGUGAAGAGCGUGGACCUGCAUCCCACCGAGCCGUGGAUGGUGGUCAGCCUCUACGCCGGCACCGUUGUGGUCUGGAACCAUGAGACACAGAUGAUAGUGAAAACCUUCGAGCUGUGCGAUCUGCCCGUCAGAGUGGCCAAGUUUGUAGCCAGGAAGCACUGGAUCAUUACUGGAGCUGAUGACAUGCAGAUCCGAGUGUUCAACUACAACACUCUGGAGAGGGUGUACAUGUUUGAGGCUCACUCUGACUACAUCCGCUGCAUCGCCGUCCACCCCUCCCAGCCCUUCAUCCUCACCAGCAGUGAUGACAUGUUGAUCAAACUGUGGGACUGGGACAGAAAGUGGAUCUGCAACCAGGUGUUUGAGGGACAUAGUCACUAUGUAAUGCAGAUUGUGAUUAACCCCAAAGACAACAACCAGUUUGCCAGUGCCUCCCUGGACAGAACUAUUAAGGUGUGGCAGCUGGGCUCCAAGAUGCCCAACUUCACCCUGGAGGGCCACGAGAAGGGAGUGAACUGUGUGGAUUACUACUGUGGAGGAGACAAACCCUACCUGAUCUCAGGGGCAGAUGAUCACCUCGUCAAGAUCUGGGAUUAUCAGAACAAAACGUGUGUUCAGACCCUGGAGGGUCACGCGCAGAAUGUGACGUGUGUCAGCUUCCAUCCUGAGCUGCCAAUCAUCCUCACAGGCUCUGAGGAUGGUACCGUUCGAGUUUGGCACUCCAACACCUACCGACUAGAAAACACGCUCAACUACGGCAUGGAGCGGGCGUGGUGUAUAGGCGGGCGGCCGGGCUCCAACAGUGUGGCUUUGGGCUAUGAUGAAGGAAGCAUCCUGAUCCAGCUCGGUCGAGAGGAGCCAGCCAUGUCCAUGGACUCCACCGGGAAGGUCAUGUGGGCUCGUCACUCCGAGGUGCAGCAGGCCAACCUGAAGGUGCUGGGAGAGACGGAGAUACAGGAUGGAGAGAGGCUUCCGCUGGGUGUCAAGGACAUGGGAAGCUGUGAGAUUUACCCGCAGAGCAUCCAACACAGCCCCAACGGAAGGUUUGUAGUGGUGUGUGGAGAUGGAGAAUAUAUCAUCUAUACCGCCAUGGCCUUGAGGAACAAAAGUUUCGGCUCUGCACAGGAGUUUGUCUGGGCGCACGACUCCUCACAGUACGCCAUCAGGGAGGGCAACAGCGCGGUGAAUAUAUUUAAGAACUUUAAACAGAAGAAGACAUUCAAACCUGAUUAUGGAGCCGACGGCAUCUUCGGGGGCUUCUUACUGGGAGUGAGGUCCAACAGCGGCUUGGCUUUCUAUGACUGGGAGAACACCGAUUUGAUCCGCCGCAUUGAGAUCCAGCCCAAACAUAUCUUUUGGUCCGACUCUGGGGAGCUGGUAUGUAUCGCAACGGACGAGUCUUUCUUUGUGCUGCGCUACCUGCCAGAGCGGAUUUUAGCGGCCCAGGGGUCCAAGGAAGAGAAGCUGGAGGAUGGGUUGGAGGAUGCUUUUGAGGUGCUGGGGGAGGUCCAGGAGGUGGCUAAGACGGGGGUCUGGGUGGGAGACUGCUUCAUCUACACCACUGCCGUGAACAGACUCAACUACUACGUUGGAGGAGAGAUCAUCACCAUCGCUCACAUGGACAGGACCAUGUAUCUGCUGGGCUACAUCCCGAAGGACGACCGUCUCUACCUUGGAGACAAGGAGCUCAACAUCAUAAGCUACUCUCUGCUCCUUUCCGUGCUGGAAUAUCAGACAGCCGUCAUGAGGAAGGAUUUCAGCACAGCUGACAGGGUUCUGCCCAUAAUCCCAAAGGAGCAGAGGACCCGGGUUGCCCUCUUCUUGGAGAAACAGGGCUUCAGACAGCAGGCGCUGGCUGUAUCCACUGACCCAGAACACAAGUUUGAACUUGCUCUGCAGCUGGGAGAGCUCAGCACGGCCUACCAACUGGCACUGGAGGCAGAGUCGGAGCAGAAAUGGAAGCAGCUGGCAGAAGUUGCUACUACAAAGUGCCAGUUUAGCCUGGCACAGGAGUGUCUAUGCCAAGCUAAGGAUUACGGGGGAUUAUUACUGCUGGCAACCGCUUCAGGCAAUGUGGAGAUGGUGGGCAAGCUGGCUGAGGGGGCAGAGAGCGACGGGAAGACCAACGUGGCCUUCCUCACAUACUUCCUGCAGGGGAGGCUGGAUGAAUGUCUCGACCUUCUUAUCAAAACCAAUCGGUUGCCAGAGGCGGCAUUCCUCGCAAGAACAUAUUUGCCCAGCCAAGUCUCAAGGGUGGUGACGCUGUGGAAGACGAGUCUCUCCCAGGUUAACCAGAAGGCAGCGGAAGCUCUGGCCGACCCCUGCCAGUACAGCAACCUGUUCCCGGACCUGCAGCAAGCCCUGCUGGCUGAGCAGUACCUGCAGCAGACUCACGUCAGGGUCAGACCUGCGGCCGAGUACCCACUUGUCAUGCCGAACGAAGAUCGUCACAUUCUGGAGGAAUCUGCAGGUUUUAUGCCCAAAGCAGAGAUCACUGAGCCCGAGGAAGUGGAGGGUUUGAGUGAGAGCGUAAGUGAACCAGCCGUCACAGAAACGGUACAUUCAGGAGAAGCAGCUGUAGAGGAGCCCGAGUCUCUACAUCAGGAGCCAGAGGACCCUCCUCCUCCUCUUGCUGCAACUACAGAACACGCUGCGCUGAGUCAAGCGCCAUAUGCGUCUUGUGAGGCGGGGGCCACUGAGGACAUCGCUGCUUUGACCUCGGCAGAGGACUACGCUUUGCAAGAGCCUAGUCCAGAGGUUUUAGCCAAGGAGACAGAAACGGUUGAGUCUAGCUCAGUGGAAGACGUCAGUGUUCAGGAAACAGCAGCAGGAGCUGAAGUUCAACCUUCCGCCUGUAUUGCAGAAACAGAAACCAUCGUGACCGCUGAAGAUGCACCGAGGGAAGGAUUAGCAGCAGAGGAUGUCCUAGUUAGUGUUGAUGAGAUGACAAAUACUGACAUUGCAUCAGUAUCUGCAGCAAGUGUGGAAAUAUCAAAUUAUGAUGAAGUGCAAACAGCCUCAGAAGUUCCACCCGCGACGGACACAGAAGUAGAAGAGACCUCUGUUGAAAGCAGUUCUACUUUAGAAACAGCACGUUCACAAGGACCAGUAGAGGAGCUCGACGCCAUCAAAGCCCCAGACAGUCCCGUGUCAGAAGAUGCACCUCUCCCGGUCCAAGCUUCGCCAGAUUUGACCAGUUAUCUUCCACAAGGCUCGACUGGAGACGCAGAGACAUUGCUGGAGCCAGACUCAGCGCAAGAGCCGGAACCAGAGGAACAGGCCACAGCACCUUCAGUGGAAGUAGAGGACAAGUUAGAGCCACAACCAGAGGAACAGGCUACAGUGCCUUCAGUGGAAGUAGAGGACAAGUUAGAGCCACAACCAGAGGAACAGGCCACAGUGCCUUCAGUGGAAGUAGAGGAAAAGUUAGAGCCACAACCAGAGGAACAGGCCACAACACUUUCAGUGGAAGUAGAGGACAAGUUAGAGUCACAACCAGAGGAACAGGCCACGGCGCCUUCAGUGGAAGUAGAGGACAAGUUAGAGUCACAACCAGAGGAACAGGCCACAGUGCCUUCAGUGGAAGUAGAGGACAAGUUAGAGCCAGAUGUCUCCGCCUCAGAGGGAACAUCUGCACAGAGCAAGGUACCGGAGGAGGAGGAGGAAGAGGAGGGAGGGUCCGGGGCAUCUGAGGAACCAGCAAUUGACCUUGAAGCAGAGAUAGAUGAUGAGGACCUGGAUGAUCUUGAUCUGGACAAUUUUGACCUUGACGAUGUAGACGCCACUGAUUUCAACCUAGAAGACGAUCUGCUGGGAGAAUAGAAGCAGCUCAGUGUUUCAGGUUUCUGUGAUCAAAUGUCACAAAGGCCCAUCAGCCAGAGACAAACCAUCAGAACACUCACUUUAAAGGAGCAUGAGGCAAGAAUAAGAAAUGAGACUGAUUAGCACCACGACGACCGUCGGGGUUCCUGCAGCCAACAGCGAAGCCGGCACGGGAGCGCCGUUCAAAUCAAGCUCUAAAUAUGACUUACAAUGUUAUCUUACCUGGUCAGUAGGAAAUGAGCCAUGUCAGCAUCUGUUUUCAGUCCCAAUUCAAGUUGAAGCUGCCUCCAUGACUCAAACGCGUAUCCAAUGUUUACUCGUGCGCCGCCGAGAACGCGCAUGCAGCGUCAUGUGACGUCACAUCCGCAGGACAGCGCGGGAAAUUUGGGCCCGGAAUUGCAGCGCAUUUUGCAGCACACAGCCUGUUCAAGGCAACGGAGAGAUACACUAGAGGGCUCAUUCUUUUUGGUUUGGAACGCUUCAUCUGACAUUAUUACUAGAAAACUUAAAACGUAUACGAUUUUUUUCAUAAAUCCUGCCUCAUGCUCCUUUAAAGUGGGACACAAAUGUGUUAUUGGGCAAAGGGGGAUUAUUUUAUAGAAACAGUGUGUAUUUUAAGGUUGUGAAUUUAAAGGAUUUCUAAACAUUUUUAGAGUUGCUUAGGUAGCAUUUAUGAAGUACACAAGGCCGUUUGCCACCAACACUUCAUGAGAGUUAAGACCUCUACCUCUUAACGUUCCUUAAUCUGUUGAUUAUCUGUUAUUUUAUACUUUACAGGACAAAUCUUAUAAAUGCACAGGAUGCAUUCAGCAAUCCUGAGUGAGCUGUGGACUAGCAAGAUCUAUUCAGCAGUGUUCUCUGCUCUUGUCGUGUAUUUUCAUCUUAACGCUGUUCUUCCCUCAAAAACCCAACAAACAGCAUUGAAGCUGUGAAAAGUGCAUUCCUUCUUGUAAAGAUUUUCCUUUUCUUGUCUUGUGUGAGUUAAACCUCAUACGUGGUGCUGUGAAUCUGGAACAGAUGGAUUAAAACUCCUCUC